UGUAAUGAGCUGGCUCAAUUCACUAUCGCAUCAACAGAUUUGAGACUUGUGGCCAAUGUUCUUUGCAUCAAAAAGCCACGGAAAAACUACAGGGAUGUAACAAACUAACGAAGCAUUCAUAAGUUGUGAGUUGAUUUGCAACCAUGCAAAAAGCUAUUCGACUGAAUGAGAACCAGCUUCUGCAUUUGGCUGCAAAGGCUCGCCAGGAGAACACUCUUAAUGGAUACCUGUACAAGAAAAGCACAGACACGGGCAAGUGGCAGUUGCGGUGGUUCGCCCUCUAUCAGAACUGUCUUUUCUACUAUGAGAACGAGUCGACUCCAAAGCCGUCGGGCGUGGCAUUGCUCGAGGGAUGUUACUGCGAAAGACUCAUCACACCUUCUUCUGUGAAGGGCAAAGAUAAUGAAAAACAGUAUUCAUUUGCGAUCUACUACAGACCAGAGGGUUUACGGCAGUAUGAACUCAGGACCGAUACAGAGACAGAAUGCAAUGCUUGGGUGGAUGCCAUCAAACAGGCAAGCUAUAGUAAAGUGCUUGAGCAAAAGGAGGAGUUGGAACAGAAGCAUCUUCACCUUCUCCAGAUCCUUGACAGUGAGAGACAGGCCAAGUGGCACUAUGUACAGCAGACGGAGGAACUCACCACUGAGGUCAAGAAACUCAAAAACGAAGUCAGAAAGUUGAAAGAGUUCAAGAAUGAAUUGAAGACCUCUAAUCAUAUGUUGAAAGAGGAGGAAAGUGACGAAAUUAAAAAAAUCAAAAAGGUGCAAAGCUUCUUCCGUGGUUGGCUAUGUCGACGGCGAUGGAAGCAAAUCGUGGACGAGUAUAUCCGCUCGGAACACGCCGAGAGCAUGAGGAAACGGAAUAGCAUCGUGUUCGGCAUGGUCGAAUGUGAGGAGGAAUACGUCAGACAGCUCUCGACGCUCGUGUCAUGUUUUCUACGCCCAUUCAAGAUGGCUGCCAGUUCGAAAAAACCACCGAUAACUCACGAUGAUGUCAAUUCUAUUUUUCUAAAUAGUGAAACGGUGGUUUUCUUGCAUCAAAUAUUCCUCAAAGCUCUGACGGCUCGGAUGGAAAACUGGCCGACCUUGGUUCUAGGUGAUCUGUUCGACAUGCUACUGCCGAUGCUGGGGAUAUAUCAAGAGUACGUGCGAAAUCAUCACUUCAGUCUCCAAGUUCUGGCCGAAUACAAACAGAAACAAGAAUUCAACACAUUGCUCAAGCGUUAUGAAGAAAAGCCGGCAUGUGAGGGCAGGUCACUUGAAACAUUUCUCACAUAUCCUAUGCACCAGAUUCCUCGCUAUAUCAUCACACUUCAUGAACUUCUGGCUCACACACCUCAUGAUCAUGUAGAAAGAAAGAAACUUGAAUAUGCCAAGAGCAAGUUAGAAGAGUUAUCACAUAUCAUGCAUGAUGAAGUUAGUGAAACGGAAAACAUUCGAAAGAAUCUCGCCAUUGAGCGGAUGAUCGUGGAAGGAUGUGACAUACUUCUCGAUGUUAAUCAAACAUUUGUCAGACAAGGGUCUUUGUUGCAAGUGCUGAACGACCGGAGUAAAUCUGGCAGAGGACGCCUCGGCUCUUUUGGCUCCUCAUUCAAGGAAUCAAAAAAGGAACAAGUACGCCAGGUGUUCCUGUUUACCUAUCACCUCUUGCUCACCACCAGAGCUUCGAAUGGACGCUUGCAUCUCUGCAAGCAUUAUGGCAAGGUGCCUUUAGCAGACUGCACAUUAGUUGAGGAUUCCUCUUCAGACGUAUUCUUCUUUGAUGAUGAUACCUCCUCCUUGGACUCGCAGGCUAACUCUGGCAGCACAACGAACCUCCUUUCAACCCAGUCUUGCGAACAGCGGGAACGCAUGGAUUACAGCGGUCUUGACUUUCGACUUAUUGUGGAUACGAAGAGUGGGCCGCCAGUUACGAUUACAUUGGUGGCAUCGACCUUGCAGGAGAAGGCAGCAUGGUGCAGUGAUAUUAGCCAGUGUAUAGAGAACCUGCACUACAGCGAUUUGUUGAACAGUUCGAUGAGUGACACAUCAUCGGUAACGAUGCCGCAAUCUGUUAGUUCCAAAAAUCCACCAUCUCCUGAUAUUGCCCGAUUGAAGCAUAGUCUCGAGUGUGACUGUAAUUUAAAACGACUCAGGUCUGACCCCAAGCUGUUCCGGGAUGACGAAGAAAUUAAAUUCAGUCGCACUCUCAACUCGUGUAAAGUACCACAGAUUCGCCAUGCGUCGACAGAGCGACUCCUCGAGCGGCUGACCGAUCUCCGUUUCCUCAGCAUUGACUUUCUCAACACAUUCCUCCUGACCUACCGCGUGUUCACGACGGGACGCCAUGUUCUUGAAGCGCUCAGGCGCGUCGUCAUCAACCCGGAGUAUGGCAACUUGGACCACAAGAGAUACAGCACUAUAUCGGUGCCACCGGCGUUUGAGCACCAUUCAGAAGUGUUCCACUCAUCGAGCCCGCCCUCCGGCAUGACUUUUAGCCAGAGUCCACCAAACUCUAAACUUCUUAUCAAACCGCAGCCUGAAAAGGCGCGACGUAUUAGCACAGGUAUGAUGAAAAUCGAGGUGACGGGGGAGGUCAGUCACCUGGACGGGAAGAACAGCCAUUUCCGCAGAUAUCAUGGACCUGGCGGCACGAAAGGUCAUGGCUCAGGCUCUGUGGAUCAUGGCUCUCUGCCACCAUAUGAAAAACAGCACUCAAGAGAAAAGAUCGACUCGCGGAUCGACUCACUGGAUGAGUUACACCCACCAAAGACCAAGUUGGCACCAAUUGCCUCUUGUGAAACUCUCUCUGACAUGGUGGUCACUGAUGCUGACGUCGUUGAAGCUGUUACUAUCGCAGCUGCUGACCAGCCCAGUUCCCCUCCGCCAAUCAUCACUACAGAGGACGCUGAUGUGACGGAGAGUACGACAACGAUCACUUUCAGUGAGCCAGAAGCCGGUGAAUCCUCAACUGAUCCUGCACCGGCUGCGGACCUGGUCAUGGAUUCUCCUGAUGAUUCGCCUGUCGAUUUGUUCAUUGAACCUGACAAUGGUGGCGUAGGACCAAGCCCAUUGACAACUCUCAGCUCUGCACCUAGCUCAGACACUUUAACCCCUGGCUCCCCAGCCAGCAGUAGUCCUGUGUCAACACCGGCUAUCACCCCAAUGAAAUCAGCCAUCAAGAAUCCAAACAAGGUGGAUAUGAAACCAAAGAAGUUGAUUGACGUACCUCCCAUUAAGAUCCCAGCCAGUCUGGACGUCACACAGACAUUAUCACCGGUUGCUAGCCCCAAGUUACGUCGCGCUUCAUCCCCUGUCCGGGGCACUCCGUCACCUAUUCGAAGUAUAUCUCCAUGCAGGGCAUCAUCUCCGAGCAUCACCGUACCUGCAGUUAUCAAGUCACCGUGUGGAAGUCCCAAACUAAAGAGGGCACCAUCACCCAUCAGUUACAGUUUCUCAUCACCGAGUAUUAAUAUUGCCUCAGUCAGGAGAGGAUCAAGUAAACCCGAGAUUGACAGUGUUAGUACAUUCUCACCCAGGGGGAGCUUUGCUGUGGCGGAAGGUUCACCACCGACGGCAAAGGCUGGUGCGGUGGUCACAUCAUCAAGGGCAUCGAAGAGAAGUCUCAUGACGCAGCUAGCCCAAUUGAAUGCAAGAAGGUCAAGUUCCACAGCUGCUGCGUCAGCAUUUGCGAUUGCGACGGCUGGGGCUAGCAAUCCUCCGUCAGGUCAUCCGAGAGGAAUUGGAAGGUUCAACAGCGCAGGGUCCUCGUUAACCAUCUUUGGUAACCAACAUGGUCGGCUCUCCGUGGCCAGUACUGGUCCGUGUGAUUUGAAGCCUUAUCUUCAGAAGAGACAGUCUGUGAUUAGCACUGCAGCUACGAUGAGGGUGUUAAAUGUCCUCAAACAUUGGGUAUCUAAACAUUCACAGGAUUUCGAAUCUGACUUCACCUUGAAGAAGCAGGUUCAGGAUCUCCUCGAAGAGAUGGUGUGCAAUGCGAACCUAUUGCCAGCAGAACACAAGGCAGCUGCAAGCAUUCUAAGGACCAUCAUGAAAGAUGAUGUCGACCCGAAGAAGGUUGAUCUCAAAGCUCUUCUCAAUUCACCUUCAUCGCCAUCAAAAGAUUCAUUCGAUUCAUUAUCAGCUCUCGACAUCGCAGAACAGCUCACAUAUCUUGACCACCAGAUAUUCAAGUCUAUACGCAGCGAGGAGUUGCUGGGCCAAGCCUGGAUGAAGCCUGACAAAGCCAACAAAGCUCCCCAUGUGCUGCUCGUCAGUAAACGAUUCAACGAAGUCAGUCGCUUGGUCGUCUCUGAGAUUGUAGGCCGCUGUGGCAUCAUGGAUCGUGUGGCUUGUAUUGAGAAGUGGGCAGCUAUUGCAGACAUCUGUAGGUGUAUGCAUAACUAUAACGGUGUGCUACAAAUCUGUGCGGCAUUCGUCAACAGCUCAGUGUAUCGGCUCAAGAGGACGUGGGACCGACUACCAAAGCAGAAUUCUUGGAAGGAAUUUAUGGAAACUUCUCUCAGACCGCAGACCAAGCAGAUGAUCGAGAAGUUACAAACGCUCGUCUCAUCAGAUGGCCGUUUCAAGAAUAUGCGAGAUGCGCUGCACAGGUGUGAUCCUCCUUGCAUCCCCUACUUGGGCAUGUAUUUGACAGAUCUUUCCUUCAUUGAGGAAGGAACACCAAACAAGACAGAAGAAUCCUUGGUCAACUUCUCCAAGAUGAGAAUGAUCGCACAUGUAAUCCGUGAGAUACAGCUCUUUCAGCAGACGCCCUACAGGAUCGAGCAUCACCCCAGGGUGUCUAGUUACUUACUAGAUCCAUCGCGUCUACUCGAGGAGGAAGAAACGUACAAGGCUUCGUUGAUCAUUGAGCCGAGACAGUCGAUAGCUAGACCCCUGGCGACCACCUUGCCCACCACAACUUCAUGAAGACCAGAUAGAAAUCUGUAAACCAUGUGCCAUGUUUGUACUGCAAUAGCAACUUCUGGGUUGGUCAGAUCAAGUGCUAUAAACUCCAUCAUCCUGUGUACAUUUCCAAUGUGUCUUAGGCUCGGGCAUCGUGCAGUUAAUUAGCUCCCUAUCCUUUUCAUUAUCUUAAUGAUGUUGUUUUCAGGUGACAAGUUAUUUGCUGGACCCCUCGCGACUAUUUGAAGAAGAAGAGACAUACAAGCAUUCGCUGAGCAUCGAACCUCGACAGUCGAUUGCCAGACCAAUGUCUACAACUAUGCCAACAGUGACCUCGUAAAGAACCAGUUCCCAGUAAGACAAAUCUCGGGGUUCAAAGCAUAUUUCAGAAGGAAUCAAAACAGAGUGUUGGCUCUUUCCUCAAAGUAUUAUCUUUUCUUGAAAGGGUUAAAAUAGUUAAAGGUCAACAGCAUAUCAAUUUAGAGAAUUUGGUUGAGUAGAUUGUUUGUUUGAAACACAACACAAAAAGGAAAGGUUUUGUUGCUGCAGUAACAGUAACUUACACACAAUUAAACAAAUGUUGCUGGGCCUAUAUGACAAAUCCUGGAAUUAUUCAGGAAGGAAAGACAAUUCCAUAGCACUGUAGCUGCAUCAUGUUGAUGAUGAUGAUAUGCACCAGAGAUUAGUUGCCAUGGAGACGAGGAGGCAGACGCCCAAUGUUUGGGUUAUGCAGAUAUUUAUGUUGACAUUCCUGGCUUUAUUCCAUUUUGUGUUGCCAUGGUAACAUUCCACCUUGGUUGUCAUUUGUAAAUUUAGAUUGUUGUGUUACAAAGCAACAUUGAUUGUGCUGCCAAGUAACAUGGAUGUGUUGCCGAGCAACCAGGAUCAAAUUAUCUCCCCUGGAUUAUUGUACAUAUUUGAUAAUUUUCCUGAUCUCAUUACUGAAUCAAAUGUGGUUUAAAUGAAUGUAUCAACCUGGUUUUAUUUCAAUGUUCAAAUGUUCACGCAUUACUGAAAGCAAAGUUGGGUAUCUAGUCCAAUGAUUAUACUUGUAAAUUGCAUUUAUUCAUAAGAAGCUCAUUGUUUUUUUUAUUAAAGAUGUCUAAAUGGUCAAUUAAUCUGUUUACAUGGGAAAGUGCCUUUCCCAAGGAGGAAGUGGACUUUUGAUGAAUCCCUGUAGAUGUGCAGUGAGUCACAUACCUUUUCAGGGCCUGGGUGAACUUCGUUAUGACAAUGCCAACAGCUGAUGACGUAACUGACUGCCUCAUGUUGUACGAGUUUACAGAGCUAUUAUGCAAGUAUCAAUUCGUGUCUUGUACCCCCCCCCCCUCCUCAAGGGUACGACACCUUAUCACCCUAUAACGACAUCUUAAGGCUCAAGCAUCACCCUUUUUUCACCAAUGCUACUUUUUCUUUCGUCAAGACAUCACCAUCAACAAUAUAUCAGUUAUCACCGUCAUAUAAAGUAACCGAACUAAUUUUACUGGGUAAGGCUGUAUGUUCGACAAGACAUCGACACAUUAGCAUCCUUAUUCUUUCCAGCUUCGCCAAAUUUUCACUAAAGGAAAAAUAAAUACUACUCAAGCAUCGGCAAAGAUUAGUGGUGACAGCUUAACUACCCUUGAGGAGGGGGGGUACAAGAAACGAAUUGAUACUUGCAUUAACAGAGCCUGCAAAUGACAUCACAAACAAAAGUCUAAAGCACAAUGAUGGAAUGGAUCUCUCGAGAUCAUUGUUUCAUCUCAUCUUUUGUUUCUUUGGUGUAAAACCUCACAUGAGCCUUGAGAAAGUACAUGACUCACUGAGCCUCCUAGCGGAUUCGAUUGGCCACUACACCAUAGGAGUCUUAGCAAUAUUAUAUGUUUUGAUGCCUGGUUAACACCUAUUCCACUGAGAGCAACUGUUGUCGCUGCAGUGGAUCAGGACUUUACAAUGUGUUUAUACUAUAGCUAGUACAAAACAUGUCAGCUGACUCAAGGCCGACCAGCAUGUUUUAUCACCAUCCACAGUGUUCUGGUGGAUACUCUUGAUGUUUGUUCUUUCACUUUCUGACAUCAUGGAAUUGGACCCUGCUUGGUACCAGGCUCUGUGUUGCGACAUCUUUCUCAACGUCAUUCUGCUACUAUGUCGAAUCAUGUGUACCAGUGUCGAUGGCCGUAGAAGAAAAGAACCGGUCUUCGCAAAUGAGAUCCAGUGUUGUCGUCUUGAUGAGUCCUGAUUCCCACCUAUGUGACUAAAGUUGCUCUGAGUUGGGAUACGUUGAACUUUCAUGGUAAGCCUAGGAACUGACGUCACUUAAUGUUGUCAUGUAAAAACAAGUGCCAUGUCGGGCAUCGUGCAAUAUUUUCAUCAUUAUGAAUACCCAUGUUAUUUCUACAGGGUGUCCCGAAAUCAAUGCUUUACCUAAUACCUAAAGAUUUACCUAGUAAGAAAGACCUACCGAAAAAAAGGAAAUAUUUUGAAAACUUCAAAGACUCUAGUCGCAAAGAUCUGAUACUGGUAUUGAAUGAAAUUCAUAUUGGUGUUAUCAAACUUGUGUAGUGAUUUAAGAGUCCUUGACCCAGGUUUGGAUGUUUAUGGCAUUUUUGUGACACCCUGUAGAUGCUGGUGCUUGUCCAUGGUGCAUCUACCUCUGUAACCUGUUUGGAUGGUUGUCAUGUCAUCUUUGCUAAUAAUCAUGCUUUAGUUCUGAGCUGUGUUCCAUAGGCAUAUGUAUUCUACAGUAGGCCCGUCUCUAGCACACCUGCAAACAAGAGACAUGGCAUCUGUAUGAUGCAUGCAGUUUGAUGCCAUGUGACCUUUAAAAGAUUUCUAAUUCAUUAAAGUAUAGAGACAAUUUCCAUAAUCAUUUGAUGCAGAAACCAUAGAUGAAUCUAAGAGCUACCUUUGAACAUGAUGAAAUCAUGGAAAAUAUACUUUUACAUCGGUUCAUCUAAAAUAGUGUCAUGGUCUUUUAGAAUUGGCAUUUUUCCGAACUGAGGAAAGACUUCAAUAUAUUGAGGGAUAUAUCAGUAAGUUGGUUAAAAUUUUCAUUCCAAUUUUCAAACUUUCAUUUGAAUUUAUAAUAUGUACAAGCUAUGAUUUAUGUUUAGAAACCAGGAAAGGGAAGCUUUGAGACACCUUUCUCAAAAGAAAGUGUAAUAAGUAGUUAAAAGGGUCAGCUGAUAAAGAGAAGCAUGAAACAGGCCUCUGGCAAAAUUUGAUGCUGUUUUCAUGUGAACAGUCACUUAUAUUAAGUUUGUGUCAUUUGUCCAGAUUAUGAAAGUCUAUACUUUGCAUUUAGCUAUGAUUAACUGCAUUUAUCAAUUUCGAAGUCGAGGUCUUAAAGUUCACGUGAUGAAAUUGUUCAUUUCAAAAUUAUCAAUGGAGACUUUUGCAAAAUGGUAUAUGCUGGCCGUAGGGCCUACCCUUUUACUGGAAAUGGCUAUUAAGUGUUGUUAAAUUCUUUAACCUACUUGGCAUUGAAUGCAGGUUUAGUGUUAUGUGUCUAAAUAUGUUGCUAUAUCAAAGAAAUAAAGUCUAUUUUCAAGAUGUACAGUAAAGCAAAGUUGUAAAUAAUUCUAAACUAAUUUAUUUAAAUUGGCUGUGAUGUAAAUUCCUUUAUUUAAUUCUAAAUAACUAGUCACGCAUAUUAGUCUGACCAUGUGUGUGAAGUCAAUACUCUGCCAUCAUAAGGUCCCUUGAUUCUGCCCUGUGUCGGUUAAUCAAUAAUAGUUUCCUGCUAAUGAAAAAUAGUUGUACGCUACCUUGCCCCUUUGCCCUGGGAGUUUAUCUCUUUCAUGCCCACAGGUUUUGACCAAAAGAGUAUGCUUAAUCCUUGUCCUAUAUGUCUGUGUUUUAAGAGUACCAGUAACCUGAGGUGGUAGAGAUUCUUCAUGUGUUGUCAUAUCGAUCUCCAAAUGGUCAAGCGACGUUGCUCAUCAAGCUAGCAUCAGACAUCACAACUUGACGUUUUGAGGUAGUCUUGAGCCUUCUGACGGCCAAAAGCGGCAGAUUUGUAGAUGUCACACACACUCAUGUGACGUUGAUGAAAAAACUUUAUCCCUUAGCCAUGUGUCAUCUUCUCUCUACUAAUAAUUGAUUGUUCCUUCUGUGUCCGCUUGUAAUGUGUGCUACUCUGUGCUUUGGUAUAAGUUUGUGAUGCAGCAGUAUAGAGGUUUUAAUAUUGGUAGGUUAACUAGCCCUUACACUCCAGCCUUGAUUCAGUGACAGACUUAUUUUGAAAACAGUUCCCCUAAUUAUACCUCACGAUGACUCAGUGAUAUGAAACUACAUUGUAUUUGGCAAAACUUCAGCCAAGCCUGAAAUUUGUCACUUAAUUCAGUCUUCGUAAUUAUUAUCUCCUUCAUUUACAAACUCUCAAUAAGAAAAAUGCAGACAGAAAUUUAGCAGUUAACAAAUUACCCAAUCAUUCAACUGCCUGGUGAUGUUUAAAUCAUGCCCAAUUUACACCUCGUUGCUUUGCCUGACUAUUCAUUUCAACUAAGAACUGUCACAGUCCCUGUACAUUAUCUGUAGGUCCAUGUGCAAGGAUCUACAACAGGAGGCUGUGCCAAGCUUAGCCUGAGAUGCAUUAUAUAGGUUACUCUCUCUAGCUCUGUUACUAUUGUAAAUGCCUCUAUUUUUGCAAUCCAAGUAACAACGGAACCAAAAGCUAUAUAUAUUUUUGCUGCAUUUUACCGUCUCUGGAGUUCAGUGUUGUGUGUUACUGAUGUAUUAUAUUUUAAAAUACCUUGUAUAUUACGGCAAACUUUCGUACACUAUUUUCCUAAAUAUAUAAUCUAGGUUGUCUCAAUUAAUUAUUGUGACAAUGGGCACAGCUUACAUACAGCAUGAAUUCCCUCAGUGCUCUCAAUGUGCCUUGUCUGUGUUCAGGGCGACAUUUGGUGUGUCUGAUUCUCCAGGACAGGACAAUGUCACAACCUUGUAGAGGAGACUUUUGUUGUGCCUCCUCCAAGACGAGGGCAAUAUGACAACUUCAUGGUAAUAACACUUGGUGUUUCUCCUCUAGGCCAGGGCAAUGUCCCACCUUCUGUUGUGUCUCCUCCAGGACAAGGACGAUGUCACAACCUUGUGGUGGAGACAUUUGGUGUUUCUCAUCUCGGACAACCACAAAUUACAUCUUAGUUGAGGUCUCAAAGGGGUCACUGCAGAAUCCAGUGACUAACAUUUUUCGGUGAAAUUGAGUCGCUGGUAUCAUUUUGUUCAACAGAUGGCCCCUCUGUCACAACUUUUGAGAUCUUGAUGAUUAAUUUACAAGCUUAGAUCUCAAUUAAGGUGAUUAUGUCAUUACCUGACUUAGAUCUGAAUUGAGAUCUUGGACAUUUGUCAUAUUGGCAUCGGGAUCAGUGGGCUUCUGACUGAAUAGUAUGAUGUAAACUGUGCUGAUUGUGAUAAGAAAUGUACAUAUAGAGUUUAUUCAUGUCACAAUUUCUUGUAUAUCAUGAGUUCAUAACUGAUACUUGCAAUUCUUUCAAGUUAAUUCUCAACGAUUCCUUGUAUGGCACCUCAAAUGAAAAAAAAUGUAGGGUAGUUUUAUCUAGAUGUCUGGUCUGUUUGACCCUCAGAAGGUCUAAUCCCUUACAAUGUUUUAUCAGCCUUUUUGUAGCCUCUUUGAUUAAUGGUAAUUUUCAUCACCAAGAACGGAAGUGACAUAUUGGAAUCGUAAAGAUAUCAAUUAUUUUUUAACUGAUUUCCUUAUUUCUUGCUCAUUAUCGUAUAGAAAUGGUUGUCUGUGCCUGUGUUCUAUAGCAAUCUUAAUGGUCGGUCAAUUGUGGCAAGAAAUGUUGACUUGCUAAAUAGCCUGUUCGGCCUGAUGUUAUUCAAGUCGGUUCAUUGCAAGGUCAUGCAUGUAUAUACAAUGUCAUUUUCAAAUUCUUAUUUUGUGGUGAUGAAAAUUAUCAUUCUUUUGUGUUCAUGCAUCAGUCUGACCAUACUUGGUUAAUGGGGAUGUAACCUGAUGUCAGCCCCUUUUGAGAUAAAAGGUGUGAAUUAGUGACAGUAAAAUGUAUAGCCUCACGGGGCUAGAUGCCAGUAUAGGCAGCUAUGUGUGAGGUCUUGACCUUUUGGGGUCAGCUAGAGGAAAGUAUUUACACUGGAUCUGUUUAUUACUGUCGUGGUAGAAUCUAAGAAAUAUGUAUAUUAUAGGAUUUUGAAGGAAAAUCCAUUGUUUGGUUCCCUUCUUGUGACAACACCAACAUGCACUGUGAGGCCAGUUGCCAGUAGAGUGUAUUAUGCUAAUUGAGAACACUUUGUGAUUAUGUUGCCAGUCCUUAAUUGUACUGUAGAUGCUAGCUGCCAGUAAUGGGAAUGUUAGUUUCGAGUACUGGGAAUGCUAGUUGCCAGUACUGUGAAUGCCAGUACUGUGAAUGCCAGUUCUGCCAGUACUGCAUGUGUGAAUGCAUUGCCAAUACUGUUGUGCUAGUUGCCAGUACUGUGUGAAUACAAUUGCCAGUACUACCUAGGAUUGCUAGUUGCCAAUAAGCGACGUUGUACUAAGAAUCCACACUGAGUGAACUUAGAGUUACAUUUACAGUGUACAUACAUGUACCAGUUAUAGCCCUACUUUUAGCUACCGACCAGCAUGACUUGUGCUUGUACCAGAUUGUACAUCCCAUGUUCCCUCCUUGCCUCAUUUAUUCACAUCUUUGUAAACAAACAUGAUAAGUGGACCCAAAAAGAAUAAGAAAUUUGUGUAAUAUAAACUCGUAUACAUCGUCUUGUAUGUUCCCCAGAUGUAAAUAGUUCCUUACGAUUAUCUGAAUAAGUACUAAAUACCAUUUAUUGUAAAUUACUUGAAGGAAGUAGAUAGAUCACCUUGAAUUGAAAUGUUUGUGAAGUCGAGUCCCUCAUGUUUACAAUAACGUCAUCCUUUUGUAGUCUGUUCGUACUUGGCGAUCAAGUCUUGUGGUGACCUGUGCGGUGGCUCCCUCUAACAUUCUUUAGGGUAAAUAAUCACAUUAUAUUGAUAAGCCCCUUUUGUUUUUAUACCGUGUAUUAAUGUCUGAUGUGUGAGACUGUGAAGGUAUAAUCUGACCCAACACUGUUCACCUCUGUAUUAAACUUUCCACUAACUAAUUGAUAUGUUCAAAAUCAUGUGUCUAUUGGGCGAAUUAACUAUGGGCACACACAAGGGACUAAAUCAAGAACGAUAGCUGGAACAAGACAAACUCAACAAGGGAGAUAUUUACAUUGGUCAAACCAAAGGAACCGAAUGAAUGCCCUAAAAAAAGACAUCUUCUUUGCUCCAACAAUCACUCUUGAAUUAGUGGCCCAUGUCCACUAAUGUACAUUGCAGCUUCACUUCUCAAAGAGUAUCAACUUAAGCGUCCUCCCGCCAUGCAAAUGUUGCACAUAAGUCAACUUUGGCAUUCCUUUGAUAAGAAGAGGCCUAGGUGGGCCCAGCAUGACUCCAUGUAUGUGGUGAUUUAAAAUGAUUGAUAUGAAAACAGACAUACAGUUCAUUGGUGCUGUAAGAGGUGAACUCAACAAACUGUAAAUGCAACAUAUCAUACACUGUUUUGAUUGCGGUAUGUUAGCUAUUUUGAAUCUGGAUACUCUUUGAGACUCUAGGCUGUGUUAAUACUAGAUUCAUCUUUGUGCAACAUUGAAUCCUCUCUUGCUUAACAGCCCUUCAGAGACACAGGGUUGGGAAAUUACGGAGAAAAGAUUUUUCUCCCCUGAAAAUAUAGUGCAUCUUGAUCUUGACAAUGCAAUGAAAAGCAAAUGGUCAUCUAGACCAGGGUUCAGUCAAACCCAUGACCCUGGUGUAGCUAGUCUAACACACUAACAAGUACACCAGCACUCUCUUACCUGUCGGGUUUCACAAUUUCUUGUUUAUUAUCAGGAAUGAAGAAAAAUCUUUCUUGGGAGCUUUGACAAAGUAUUUAAGUAGUAAAACCAGUUAUUUCCAGUCAAACAUACUACAGAACCAAAUAGAAAUUGAUACAGAACUGAUGAUAUUGGUUGUCUCACCAGUCAUCACUCGGGUAGAGCUGUCAAUUUUCCAAAACCCUCAGCAAGUGCUUUGGGUUUGGCAUACAUUUCAGCUCCAGCUAUCGGGGUGUUUGGUGACACAACUGACACAUCGAGUUAGAAACAAGUUCGUCAGAAUCAUUCGAUUCAGAUAUUUGUCUCUGCUCCCCCUAUCAAAUGCUUCAAUAGCGCUUCUUAGUUACAAACUACAAGAAAUGAUGAUUUAGUUCUCUGUGUAUUUUCAUGUUUGGCAUCAAGACAUUGGCUGUAUUGUGGUGCUCAUUGUCUCUCAAGUCAGUCUUGGUCCCCCACUGCCAUGUCCAUCCCUUUCAUCAGUAAGCCAUCGUAAUCAUUGUUUUGGUGUUUUUGCAACCCUUGUAACGUAUUCUUGACAAGUUUUGGGUAUGUGUGUUGUUUCUAUACAUACUUUAUAUGUAUUUUGAAAAUAUUGAUACCUUAUUUUGACUAUUACUGUUUUUACUUCAAACCAGAAGAAACUCCAUUUACUGCCCUCUUCUUGUAUAUUGCAAGUUUCUCUUUGUCAUAAUAAAAACUGUUGCUGGUUAUCAUCAUUUGAAA